AUGAAUAUCGAGGCCGAGGUCGCGUCCGCGGUCGGCGCUAUUGACCUAGAUCAGGAACAGCCAGAUUCAGCAAGCGGCAACCCUGAUAACUCUUCCGAGUCGACCAAUUCAAAAACAAAUACUCCACGCAAGUCGUCCACUCCCAGUUUAUCAGCAUCAUCUUCGGAGACAGUGUCAGAUUGCUCUGACCGACUAUCCUUGGACUCGCAAGCACAGUCCGACGCUACCGCCACGAAUGAGAAUCAGCGCAAGGCUUCCACGGUUUCGUUGGAUCUGGUUGUAUCGCCAGAAGUUGACGUCUACUCGGGUCGGAAAAACAUCUCCUGGUUCAUUAUUUUGGAAGACAUGGGCCAAGGGGCCUAUGGCCAGGUAAAACUGGCUCAGUAUAAGCCACCACGGCAAGAGGUUGUAUUGAAGUAUGUUAUCAAGAAGCGCAUCCUCGUCGAUACCUGGAUAAGAGAUCGCAAGAUCGGCACGCUGCCGCUCGAAAUUCACGUUCUGAAAUAUCUACAGAGCUAUCCGCACAAGAACGUUGUUGAUAUGCUAGACUAUUUCGAAGACGAGUUAAACUACUACAUCGAGAUGGCUCCGCAUGGGAUACCUGGUAUGGAUCUGUUUGACUACAUCGAGCUUCGGACAGAGAUGGAUGAGGAUGAAUGCCGCAGCAUUUUCUUCCAAGUGGCCAGUGCGAUUUACCACCUACAUAAAGUGGGGGUGGUACACCGAGAUAUCAAGGAUGAAAACAUAAUCCUCGACGGCGACGGAAACAUCAAGCUCAUCGAUUUCGGAAGUGCUGCAUACAUAAAAAACGGCCCUUUCUCAGUAUUUGUUGGCACGAUCGAUUAUGCAGCGCCAGAGGUGCUCAGAGGUCAGCUGUACAGCGGAAUGGAGCAGGAUGUGUGGGCAGCUGGAAUCUUGCUCUACACAAUCAUCUACAAGGAAAACCCGUUCUACGACGGUACUGAGAUUAUGAACGCCGAGCUGCGGAUACCUCAUAUUAUGAGUGAAGAAAGCGUGACUCUGAUCAAGAAAAUGCUGAGCCGGAAUAUUUCCGAAAGACCGACUAUGGAGGAGGUUAUGAAUGAUCCCUGGCUUAGGGGAUGCCAAACCGAGUCCGAAGAAAACACAUCGUCGCCCAGUGAAGCCUCGACGGCUCCAGCAUCAUAG